AUGUCAGAGGUCCUUCUUGUCUCUAAAGAUGAUCUAGAAAUACCCGUUUCUUAUGAAGCUGCUAUCAUAUCGCCAGUGCUCAAAGGCAUGCUAUCAGGUCCGUUUUUAGAAGAGCAUCCGAUCAAGAUAGAAUUGAAAGAUAUCGAGCCCCAAGUACUGGCAAAGGUAGUUGAGUAUCUCGAGUACUGCAGCACUUAUCGUAACGUUGGAGAAAACGACGAUAUUCCUGAGUUUGAUGUUCCUACAGAGAUGUCGUUGGAGCUACUGCUUGUUGCCGAUUACCUGAACAUUUGA